AUAUCGUACAUUUUUAAGGAUAUCUAAUUGAAGUUUCUUGAAUGUGGCCUUAUUUGGUUACAGCUAAAUUAAAGUGUCCUUCGAACAUGAAAAGGUUCCCCACCCCUGCUACAGACCCUAUUCAGAUUUCGCCAGUUGUCUACUAAUAUCCCUUUCCCAGUCCAGGAUCCAGCCCAAGAUUCCACAUUGCAUUUAGUUGUCAUGUCUUAGUGUCCUCCAAUGGGAGACAGUUCCUCGGUCUUUCUUUGUCUUUCUAGACCAUGGUGGUUUUGAAGCAUGCAGGUCAGAUAUUUGUGGUCAUCGAUUGCAUCUUUAACUGCAUUGGGUUUAUGCAUGCAUUUAAUGUUGAGAUAAGAGGAUUUUCCAUUGUGUUACAAUGAUAAACUAUCCUUUCCAGAAACUCCACUAUGCCAUCGCUGAUUAUUGGGCAUUUGGGAAAGAGAGAGGUUGACGUGCCGAUGUGCUGUCGGUUGGCCUUUGUUUAGAAUCUUCGCUUAUUCUGGCCAGGAGGACCUUUGAGGAUCACCUGGUGAUUCACUGCUCUGGCUUCGCACGUGGCAGCGUCCUGGUCCGCAUGUCUUGAUCCUUUGUCCUUCGUUCUUUCUAUUUCAUCGUCCUUCAUUUCAGAACCUUGAUUGGUUCUGAAAGACCAAUGAAUAGCCAUUCAGCUUAUCUUCUGACUUAAAUAUGUUUUGUCCUUGAUCACUGAGAUUUUGAUUAGUUGAUAGCUCAUUUCACCUUGAUAUAAAAUCAACUUUGCUUAUGUUCUGAGACAGACAAUUGCAUGGUGCUCAUAAGAGGAAUUUAGUCCACGAUGAUUUCUUUGUAUAGCUGAACACCACAUCUCUUUUCAGCGGCCCUAUCUCUUUGCAUGUACAUGUUUGCAAGCAGCUUGGGUAGCAGAUUCCUUUAAUGCUUAUGAAACAGAUAUGUUAAUAUAUCAGACAUUUUAGGUCUUCUUUGCCUUGCCGUCUUGGUAGGAAUCAUCAGACAGAUCUGUCAGCUCACCUGCUUCCUUGAGCUCUCUUGGGUAACCCCUUUUGAAAGUUGGUAGACAGUGACUCCUUUGAAUGUCAUUGACUUUUUGGGGGGUGGGGGAAUUAACGUGUUAUAAAAGACAGGCAUUGACUUUUGAGCUUUUUGGAAAGUUGAUAUUUUAAUAACUCAUUACUCUUAAGAGCAGGCUUUCUGAAAGCUUAUGGAUUUUUUUCCCCCUCAGCAUGAAAGGAAGGAAAAUGCCAUAUCUUCAUGAAGCUCCUCCCAUAAAUAUAUUGAAUAUUAUUUCUGUAACUAGAUGGACUCCUUCUUGGCUUCUCACUUUUAUAGUUAUAAAAGUUGUACUUUGUUUUAUGUAUAUUUUCUCCCCCCCCAUAUUGUGCAGUUUUUUGCCUUUUACCUUUUAAUAUGUUAAAAAAAUACAUGAAAUAAGGGGAUAUGACAGCCUUAGGAGAAUCUACAUUUUAGCCUUGGUACACUGUUACAUACAUAUGCUAUAUACAGUGGUGUUUGCAACAGAUUCGUAUCUUUGAGAAAAGGAAAGUAGUUAGUUUACACAUUCUGUGAAGAAAGUGAAAACCAUAGGGAAGUUCAAAAUGAAGUCAGAUGUACCCUGAAAAAUCCCUUAAAUUACUCAUAUGAUGUAGCAUAUAUGUCGUUUAUAUGCAUUCUCAUGGAGUCAUUCUUAUGCGCACUGCAGUUUGUGACCCGCUGAGCCAGACACAAGGAAGACGAGGGCUUUUGGCAGAUAUCUGCGUCCUCAGACCACCUUGCUUCCAUGAGAAUCUCUAGUGUGAAAUGGGGAUUGGAGAAUUCCAGCGUGACCCAGCUUGUCGGCAGUCCUUAUGCCAUUAUGUUUUUAACAAAAAUACUCUGUACCUAAAUCAUUUUUGAUAGGUUUCCUUGCUUUGGGGAGGACUGAAUGAGCUCAUGCAUGUGGCAGCCUCUUUCCAACACAGUGCCCUGGGCAGACACAGCAGAUCCUCAGUGUGUCUUUGACGAGUUUGGUUCUGAGCUCGCUUGAUCAGUUUCACAGUCACACUGUUUGAAAGGGUGUCCAGAAAAACCCGGCCACCUGUUGCCUGUCUUCCCAGUACCCCAACCCCAUGGAUAAAAAUGUCAUCGCUGUAAAAAUUGUGGAGGAAAAAAGAGAUGAAUCAACAGGGGUUAUCUAUAGAAAGAGGAUUGCAAUCUGUCGGAAUGUGGUUCCAGAAAUUUUAAGGAAGGUGAGCAUUUUAAAAGUACCUAGUAUCCAGUUAGAAGAGGAAUCAUGGUUCAAUCCUCGGGAAAGAAACAUGGCUAUCCGGAGUCACUGCCUUACGUGGACACAGUACGCAUCCAUGAAGGAAGAGUCUGUCUUCCAGGAAAGUGUGGAAAAUCCAAAUUGGACAGAGUUCAUUCAAAGAGGCAGGAUUUCAAUCACAGGAGCCGGAUUUCUCAACUACAUUUUGGAAACUUUUGCCAGCACAUUCUUAAGGCAGGGAGCCCAGAAGCAGAAUACCCUGCCUGCCUGCCUGACCAGCCAUGUGACCUUGGAUGAGCUGCUUAAUGUUCUGUGUCUCAUUUUUCUCAUCUGCAAAAUGAAGAUAAUAUUGGAAUCUACUUCAUGGAGUAUUUCUGAGGAGUAAAUGAAUUAUAUAUCUAGAACACUUAGAAUAGGACCUGGCACACAACAAAUAAUCAGUUGUUAUUGUUAACAUUAUUUAAAAAGCAAAACACAAGGGCAAAAACUUAUCUUUCUCAUUACGUUUAGUGGUUACGAUGAAUCUGUCUUUGGAAUCAACUCAGCGUGGGUUUAAAUCAUAGUGCCCUCCCUCAUAGGGUAUGGGCAAACUUAACCUUUCUCUGGGCGAAAUGUGAAUAAGACUAUGUAACUUAUGAGUAUGAGAAUUAUAGGAAAUAAUGUAAAGGGGUGUUUAAAAUUCCUUGGCACACAAUAAAUACUUUGUAAAUGAUAAUUGUUGUCUUUCCGUUAUAAUCCAAAUUGGCAUAUUUCCUUCUGGGUCUUUUAUAUACAGAUUUAAAAGACAGUCGUAGUUACAGUACUAGUGAAAUUUCAUUUUUUGCUUUUUUUCAAGUUAUAGUUUAUAACAAAUGCCUUUUGCAGUAACUACAUAAACUUCAAAGCCGUCGCUUUAAUGACUGCAUAAUAUUUCAUUAGUUAUAUGAUACUUUACUUCACCCUUUGUUUAGUAUUGAGCAUUGAUGUUAUUUCCAGCUUUGACCAUUGUCAAUGACACCAUAUGAAACAUCUUUACACAUAGAGCCUUUCAUAUUUUGCGCCAUUGCCUUAGAAAAGAUUCCUUGAAGUGCUCUUAUCUGUAUGUGACUAUUUUCACGAUUCUUUGAAUGUAUUCUCUCUCACUGAAAGAUAAGCUUCUUAUAUAGAGGGCACCACUUUAUCCUUAAUGCCUAGCACAUUGUCAGUGCUUAAUAAAUAUUUUUUUGAAUUAAUGAACAAAUGAAUGUAUUACAAUGCCAUUUUCCAAAAGUGGUAAGACUUCUUUAUAUUUUCAUUCUGUUAUCUUUUAACAAUACUCUGAAAGGCAGAGGAACUUCUUAUCCAACACAAUGUUAUGAAAGGUAAUAAUAGCAUGUAAUAUUUUUUUAGCACUUUUAUGCCCCAGGCGUCAUCCUGAGUGUGUUGCAUGUAUUAACCUUCUGCAGUUUGCUGAGCAGUUCUCUGUGGUGAGUACUAGCAUUAUCAUUGUAUAGAUGAAGAGGAGCAGAGAGGUGAGUUGACUUGCCCAAGAUCACACAGGUGGUGAGUGGCAGAACCCAGAUUCAAACGGGGCAGUCAGACCCUUUGUCUGAGCACUUACUGACCAGGCUGCAUGACUUUAAAAUACUGAAAAUCCCUCCUCGUUUGCUUUCCCAGCAGCUCACUGUUUACUUAAGCCAGGACAACUGACUUAUUUCCUAGACAACCUGAAUCUGUUGGCUAAAUGCCAAACAAGGUGUGAAUCAGAGCUGUCCCUCAGUCUUAAGGAUUUUGCACCAGUCUCCAAACGAGAGCCAGAAUUGCUUGCAGCUCUUGGUUUUUAAAAGAAAUCCCAGCUUUGCAGUUCACCAAGUGAAGACUAUAUGGAUGUAUUUUUAAUAAGCCUUAGGUUUUUUAUUGAAGGGAGGAAUUUUUGUUUUUUUUUUUGAUUGUUUAACAUUAAAGACAGCUGGUAGAUGUAGAACAUAGAGUUAUUAAUCCACGUGGCAGUAUCUGGAACAAAUAAUACAAAGACUAUGAUCCUAGGGAUUAACCAGUAACACUUCCCAUUUAGUUGCAACUGAAAUAGUACAAUGUCUUUUUGAAAGUAUCAGCCAUGUUAUUAUGUAUAUUUCUUCAGUCUCUUCUUUCCCCCUACCAGUUUAUGAUGGGGUUGGGAAGCUUUGAAGAACAUUUGUACCUACAGUAGUCUCCCUUUAUCCACAGGGGAUAUGUUCCAAGACCCCCCAAUGGAUGCCUGAAAACAAAGAUAGUUUUGAACUCUCUGUAUAUUAUAUUAUGUGUGAUUUUCCUUUAUCUUCUUCACAGUUUCAUAGGUAGAAGAUUAGUUCUUCCUGUAGAUCUGAGCAACCUAGCGUAUGAUUUUUUUCUUUUUUCCUUCUUGAGAACUUUUCACUUACAGCUUCUCUUUGGCAUAUCUGAAUUGCUGUCAUCACUACAUUUGCACUUUGGGGCCAUUAUGAAGUAAUAUGAGGGUUACUUGAACACAAGCCCUGUGAUACUAUGAUGAUCCCUCCACAGUUGAUUGGAUAAUCCAGAUGGCUACUAAGCAACUAAUAGGCAGGUAGUGUCAGCAUGGAUAUACUGGACAAAUGGACGAUUCACAUUCCCAGAUGCCAGAUUUCAUCACGCUACUCAAAAUGCUGUGCAAUUUAAAACUUCUGAAUUGCUUGUUUCUGGAAUUUUCUAUGAAAUGUUUUUGUACAUCAGUUGACUAUGGGUAACCGAAACCCCAGAAAGCAAAACCACAGACAAGGGAGGGGUGGGGCUACUCAUAAGUACUACAAGGCAUUUUUCCGUUGCAGAUAGUUGACUUAAAAACAGCAGAUUCACUCAGGGUACACUGACUCACGCCUGUAAUCCUAGCACUUUAGGAGGGCAAGGCAGGAGGAUAGCUUGAGGC